AUGUCACACCUACCUUCGAGUUUCGACGGUGCUGAGCAAGAUGUGGACGAAAUGACUUUCUUAGAGAAGAUGACCUUCCACUGCAAACAGCAACCAUUGGUACCUUUGGGAACGCUAGCAACCACGGUGGCCGUUAUACUGGCGGCACAGAAUGUGAGGUCCGGAAACAAGCGUAAGGCCCAGAAGUACUUCAGGUGGCGUGUGGGCCUUCAGGGAGCCACGCUGGUGGCCCUGGUCGCGGGCAGUUUUAUCUACGGCACUUCGCAGAAAGAACGGCAGUCCAAAGAAGAUGCUCUGCGCGAGAAGGCCAAACUCAGAGAAAAGCUUUGGAUCCAGGAGCUUGAGCGUCGUGACGAGGAGACGCAACUUCGCAAAAAGAGAGCUGAGCUCGCGCGCUCCAGAGCGAAAGAGCUAGAACAAGAAACGCAAGGAUUGCAGCAAGAACUUCGCGACCUUCAAGCCAAGACAUCCUCUAGCAAAUAA